GCUUAGGGACAUAGUUUAGUGAUAGACUUGGCAGUCCUCAGUUAGCAGUUGGACUUGAUGAUCUUAAAGGUCUUUUCCAACCUAAAAAAAAAAAAUCUAUGAUUCUAUCAGCAAUGUGACCAUUUAUAUGGCAAGCACAUUUGGAAAGCCCAAAUACUCUAAUAAAUGGCUUUAUUAAGAGCCAGAGCCACCCACUUAUUCCUUCCUACGCUCAGGCACCUCACUGGAAGAAUUAAGUGUUUUACAGCACUGCAUACAUUACCCACGCUUGCCAGGAAUCAUUGUUUAAACCACUACACUAUUCUAUCAUUAAGAGAUUACAUUUCAGAAAAUGCUGUGUAAAUCUAGUAGUUUACCAAAUCCUUAAUCCCAUUUUACAUGAUCUAGCCUUACCACUAUUCUCUGCCAGAACCCAACAGGACACCUGGUAACAUGAAACCAAAAGCACUGUGUAAUACAGUAAAGGAAAAAAAAAAAAUCAAAAUCCCUUUUGCUUCUCUCCCACAUACACAGACUUUUCCAGACUUCUGGGAUACAGGGCACUGGUCAGUACUAGAGUUUUGAUUAUCAGGGGACCGGUAGUGAAACACAACAUAGAAAGUUGCACCAUAAAAGCUCCCAAUUACGGUUUUCAAUCGGCCGGUGAGGCUUUAGCAGUUUCUCAAGGCCGGCAGUUCUGCUGGGCAGGACGCAGGUCGCCUCUGCCCGAGCUGCUGCUGGCAGGCUCUCGCCCAGGCCUGCUGCCCGUCCUGGUCAGAGGGUUGGUGUCGCAGCUGCCGGCGAGAGGGAAAAAAAAAAAAUGAAAAAAAAAAAAAAAAUGUUCACACUGGCAACCUGAAACCACCCUAACGCACACUGUCAUCGGUUGGAGGUCUGCGAACAGCUGAGUUAGGGAUUUAGGGAUCUCUCCAAAAACGCACCUAAAGGAAAAUUCUCCAGAAAGAGGUGGUUCAGGAGCAGUUUAUUUACAGGUUCUGGCAGCUGGAUUUAAAACCGUUUUUACUAGCGACAGCGGUUCGGCUAAAACACCCUCAUCAGCGGCCCCCGGCGCUCGCCGCCGCGGCGCACCUGCCUGCGCUGGCAGGGCCAGGCUCCCCGUGAGCCAGCCCACCCCCCCCCAGCCGUAACGAAGCCAUGCCGCUGUUAGGCGGGCCCCAGGGGGGCAACGAAGACGCCCGAAGCGCCAGAGAGGCCACGGGGGCCGGGACGGCCCAGUCACCGCCACCACCGGCGACGCCAGCGGAGAGGCCCGCGGCGGAGGCCUCCUCGCAGCGGCCCGCCCUACGCGGCUCUGGAGGCCCCGCCGCGUCCCGACGGCGGCUCCGCCCGCGGUGGAGGCGCCUCCGUCGGAAGUGCCGGCACGAAACCCCGCUCCGGGUCCGUCCCCCCCCGCCGCCACCGGGGCGGGAAGCGGAGCCGCCCCGGCGCUGGCUGAGGGACGGCCCCCGCCGCGACGGGGAGGGGAGAGGAGGGAGGGGGAGGGGACACCGCCCGCCCCGCCGCUCCCCCCGCCCGCCCCGGCGCCCCCAGAGGCGGGCGGUCGCCGCCUGCUCGCCCGCCGCCCCUCGCCCUGCCGAGGAGGCGCUCCCCUCCCCGCGGCACAGGCCUAGGCCGCCGGCGGGCGGGCCGGGGCGGGGCGGUACCUGCGCUGGAAGUCCGACUCGAAGGGGGCCAGGGUGCUGGCGUGCUCACAGACGAGCUCAGCAAAACAAGACUCCGGGGGCAUCCAUGAGUUCUCAUAAACACCGUGUCCGAACAGCAAAAUGUCGCUGUACCGGACACAUAACGAAUCCUAAACAAAAUUUUCAAACUGCAUCACAGAGACUGCCAUUUACCCAGGCAAGGCUUGCCUGGAGUGAGUCGCAACCAGAUCACAGAGCAAUUGUGCCUCUAGGCCCUGAGGUUGGCAGUUUAAGUAUUCCUGGUGCAGAGGGAGAGGGCUUGCUUUGUGACCAGUCAUCAGCCCCUGAGGUCUUCACAAGAACAGCAACGAUGGUCAUGUUGGAGGGCUCCAAGUCCUCAGGCUUGGGUACAUUUAGUGUUAUAUUUUAAACCUUUUCCCUACACCAUCUGCUUCCCACUCAUUGAUUCCCAGCUAGUUUGAAUUUUGCACAAUAUCUUUACUCCAGGGCUCUCAGCAGGUAUCUGCCAUCCUCUGCAAUUUUAUUCCACUAUUAUACAAACAUUAACUCUACUAAAAUCAGUAGUUUCAGCAAUAUAAAACUGUGAUUCCUUAGUGGAAAAUCCAGAAGACAGGUUAGAGAGCAGUGGUUGAUUUUUCAAAUUCAUAGUAGUUUUGCUGAAAUACAUAGUCAGCAAAGCUGUAUAAACUGGAGGUCAUUGCAUCAUUAAGUUCAAAUUUGUCAUUUAGCUACUGAAGGAAAGCAUCUAUAAAUGGAAGACAUCAUGAACAUUUAUAAUGUUGCAGUACAAAGGCCCAUUUUGCAGUCUGCCUGCAAUUUAGUAAUUUGUCAAUAUACAAUAUAAAAAACUUGAGUCCAGUAUCUCUUCCAAUUUGUUCUGUUUUUCAGGAUUUGCCAAAAUUAAUGUUACAAUUCUGACACAGGCUAUGAAAAGCCUUAUAUCCAUGACUGUUGGGGCCAUUAGCAAAUCAGCUGAUUGUAUGCUAUUCUUUUAACAUUAACCAACUGUUCUUAGAUAAAUAUGCUGUAGAAAUACUUAAGUAUUCAAAAUGCUCUGUUGUGGUGAAAAAUUACAAAUAAUUUUAUGUCUUGUUUAAUUCCAAGUUUUUUUUUCCUCAAAGAAUCUGAAAUAUGAAUUAUUGUAGUAGGAUAGAUGACAAUAUGUGGACUAGUGGGUAUACUGAGUCCCUGGAACACAUCUGCCAUUUACUUUGUGUCAUCACUGACUCUAGUAACACAGUAUUCUAGGCAAAAUUAGUGUUAUAUAUUUGUGCCUUAAUAUCAACCUUCUAUAAAUUUAACUUUUUUUUUUUUUUAUCAGUGGUACAGUUCACUUUCUCUGGUUAGUCAGGUGAGCAGUAGUCAAAUACCAACUGUAUUAGUACACUAUAAUGAAGGAAUACUUUCAAAAGUCUUUCAUGUAUUACCCCCAUUAAAACUUAGUCUGACAAACCACACUAAGGCCUCCCCUGACAUUUUUUCUGAUGGUCAUUACCUGGCUCUUAUACCAGUUGCAGUAAAGACAUUUAUUUAUUUAAAUGAAGAUAUUUCUUCAUUCAUGAGAACAUUGUCUGAAUUAUUAGAAUUAUUUGUUCUAUCUCCUCCUUCCACUGGUUUAGCUGCACACAGUUAAAAUACUGAAUUGCUCUUACAGUUCAUGAAUUAUCUGUUGCUUCUUGACCUAUGCGCUCCUUCAGCUGUCUCCUGAGUAACUCCUAUGUUGUCAUCUGUUUCAACACAUGCACAAGAAAAACCCACAAAGGUUUCCAUCCUGGGAGCUGAGUCAUUCUCUAAAUCAGGAUCAUCAUCCUGUGAACAAAUAAUCUUCCUCUGCAGAACUUAAGGGCAAGUAUUACCUAUGUGAUUUUACAUAGGAUGUUUUAGCUUCUCUUACUUUAAAUUACUUGCGUGUCUGACUGAAAAGCACAUAAUUUAGCAGUAUCCACUAAAAUUUUCUCUGUAUUCAUAUCAUAUAGGUUACAUAAUGCCAAAAAUGUCUUUAUCCUUCUUAGUUCUGUGUUCUGUUUAUUCCUUUAUUUUUUAAUCAGUUGUCAUUUCAAAAUAUACUUACAUCUUUAAUGGCUUGAUUUUUGUAUGUACAUCUAAUUUCUGUGAACUAUUAGUAUGUUCCUGUCAUCCAGGAAACCUCGAGUUCUCAAGGAACAUAACCUCCUCUACAAUAAAAUAUUUUCUCCAAUCAUACCAUUAAAAGACACUCACAGUGAAUAUCAAUCUGUCUUAAGUCAUCCAAUAUACCUAACAUUUAAAAGGGCUAACUAAUGAGGGCAUAUAUUAGACAACCUGAAAGUGAGGAAAAAGCAAGACCAAGUGUUUGCUUCUUAUCUUUUUCUUAACACUAUGAAAUACCAUCUAUAUUUUUUGUAUUUUUAAAUGAACAGACUUGCUUUUAAUCUCUGUGCUUGCCAAAAAUAUAUACUCUGGUAUGUUGAAACCACUCUAGCACUACUACAAGUUAUUAACACUAUGAUUUUUCCUAUUUAUGUCUAAAAUGCUGGGUCAUUUGCAGCUCUGAAUAAGAUUUACAUGAAGACUUCUCCAGAACUCCAUGUUUCACUUGUAAUACAUUGCUUGAAAUAAAACGUUUCAGCUAAUUUU